AUGGCAGAUUCUGCCGAUGAACUUCUCACCACUGCUAGUUCGACCACGUUUUCUGGCGUGCUCGAUGAGCCUCUUGCCACUCGUCUCAAGAUCUUCUGCUACUUUCUCGCCAGCGACGAGUCGCGCACUGACGCUCUGCUCAGCUCCGACAUCCCUCGACCGCUCCUACCACUGUGUCUCGUGCUGCGCUACCUCAUCCUCAAAGAACAAAAGAGAUUGGGAGAGUCGAGUAAACGUUUCAACUGGUCGCUCAAACAGGUCCAUGCCGCCGUUGCAUCUGCUUUCCGAGCGUACACCAUCCACGAGACACUCAAAGCCGAUCCGACACUCACCCAUCUCCCCUCCCAUCUGACAUAUCCGGACACGUACAGCGUAGAUCCGACCACACGCGAUAUACAUCUUGAAUCGAGUAUACAGCUUACCCUCCUCUCGGCAAACCGACUCGCUCAAUCGCUGUUGCUCUGCCCGACCCCUUUUAGCGCUCCGCCUAGCGCUAUGGUCCUCGGAUCUCUCUACCACACGAUUGCGCAAUCCACAGAUGAGACCACACGCGAAGCCAUCGCAGCUGCCUCGUCCCCGAUAGAAAAUGCGAUGCUCGACUGGAUUUUGUUUGACACGCAAGACCACCUCGCUAUUGACGUGGAAGCAUUGAGAAAAGCGAAGCGCGAACGCAGAAAGGAAGAAAAAAGACAGCAGACAGCAGCUGAGGGCGAAAAGAGACGCGCGAUAACUGCUGAGCAGAACGUCGCUCGCUCUGGAUUUGGACUCCUGCAGCUCGACCAAGACGAGGCGGAAGAGGAGAGCGCAGAGGAAGAUCAAGAGCAGUAG